CUUUUAUCGUGGUCGACCUCCCAAGCUCUGUUUCGGCCAAUCGUAGCAUAUCGGUGCCACUCCGCCGUUGAGGUUUGCUUCGUCAAUCCUUUGGAGUGAUUCUUGUGUAUUUUCAUCUUCUCUGGCACCGAGCUACUCACCGAGAGAAAAAGCGUGAAAGAAAAGGCAGCUGCUGUAAGAAAAAGAAACAGUGGAAGAAGGGGGUUGAGGGAGAAGGAGCAGAAAAGCUGGGUUUUGCAGUUUGAGGUAUUUCUAUUAACUUCGAUUGAUUGCUUUUUAUAUAAUGCCAAUGUUUAUGCCUUUGAUUGGUUUGAAUUAUGGGAAACUGAAUUGUUUUCUAUUAAUCAGCCAGUACCAGGAAAAGGUUUUCCGUUUUGGUUUUGGUUCUUCUUUAGUGAGGGAAGAAUGUGUUGAGCCAAACAGAAUGUUUAUUGGGCUUCAGAAUUGUUUUGGUGACAACCGGAAAGCUAAAACCUUUGUCUAAUUUGGCUUAUUUUGCUUCAUUUUUAUGACAUUUUAGGAACAAAUGACUACUUGAAUGCAUUACACAUAGGACUUGGACAGUUAGAUUAUGAUAAAUAAAAUGGAAAGAGUCCAAUCCUUAUAUCAUUUACAUGCUAAUAUAGUUCUAUGUAAAAACUGCACAGUACAAAAACCCAUAGUUUCACUUACGGCAGCACUUGCUGUUUCUUUACAUAUAGUACAUAGCUUUUUAGAUCAAACAGUGAGCCAAGUCUAGGUUUUGGGCAGAGUUCAAAUUUGUCUGACCAAGGUUGGCUCUAGGCCUGCACUUGGAUUAACAGAUGUUUCCUAGGCUCCCAAAAUGUGUAUGCUGCCUGUAGUUAAUUUCUACUUGUAACAACAGCGAAAUAAUAAUUCCAUAAGCUGUAAAGCCCAGUAAGUCUAGUAAAAUAUUUAACUUAACUUUCACAACUUAAAAGGUAAUCAAACCAAUUUUUGGUGCUAAGCUGAAACACAAUCUGCUCUACUCGAGCAGAGCCUAUUCCAUCAAGUUCUGUUCACUAGCACUGAACAGUUAAAUAGGAGAAUUCCCUCCAUGAAAAUCAUUACUUAAGAUUUAUAAGAAAAACAAAGCAACAAGAUAAUUCUAUGCUUGUCAAAAUAUUCACAUGAAUGUAUGUUCUUAUCUAUGGAUUUUUCCUUGUGGGUGUAAAUCCCACAUACCAGUGGACUAGCCAUGGUUCUUCCUACUGUGCAGUGGAUCUAGAUAUCUUCUUUCUUUACUCCAAAUACGUUAGGAGCAUCAUUCUUUUA